AUGAGCGGGUGGACCUGGCUCGGCGCGGCGGUCCUCGCGCUACUGGCAUGGUGGGCCGUACAGGGACAGCGCUGGACCCAGCGACUUGCGCGGCCAGCGCGUCCGCUGUGCACGAUGGCCGUGCUAGGCUCAGGGGGACACACGGCCGAAAUGCUCGCGAUACUACAGGCCCUGCCGCGCAGCGACUAUACGCCGCGUCUCUACGUGGUCUCGUCCGGCGACACACACAGCCUGACCAAGGCCCGUGAGAUGGAGGGCGGGAUCCUGGCCCCGCAUCCCCUCCAGGCCCUGGAGAUCCCCCGCGCCCGACGCGUGCAGCAGAGCUGGGCCUCGACGCCCUUUACCGUAGCAUGGAGCGUCCUAUUCAGUGUAUGGCACCUGGGCAUCAAGCCACUCUGGCGUACACGAGGGCGGCGUCCAUGCGCCGACGUGCUGCUGAUGAAUGGGCCGGCUACGUGCGUGUCGGUCGUCGGGGCCGUGUGGCCUAUGCGUCUGCUCGGUCUGCCCACGCCUCGGAUGCUCUAUAUUGAAUCGGUGGCGCGCGUUCACUCCCUAUCGCUAUCUGCGAAGGUGCUUCGUCAUUGUGUGGACCAGUUUAUCGUACAGUGGCCCGAUGCGGACCGCACAGCGGCCUGUUAUGGCGUCCUGGUAUAG